AUGAUCGCCACCCAAUCCCCGCCUGAUAUGGAAGGUUACACCAUAGUAGACCAACCGCCGCAAAAUGACCCCGUAGGCAUAGUCCGCACCAUUGAUUAUCUGCUUGUUCUCACCCAGGAGCCCGCCUCCGGUCCCCUCGAGAAGGAAGCGCUCGCCAACCUUCAAGUACUUGCUCAGUUCCGCGAGCAGCUGCGGCAGCGGCUCGAAGAGGCGCCAGAGAGGCUCGGCUCCUCCCAGAUCUCCAGUCAUGUGCUGCGCGUGGCAUACGCUGGAUGCCGUCACCUCAACUGGGUGGUGUUUGGAAACCUGCCGCCUCGCGUGAUCGCGGCCGCCAUUGCAUCGGAUGAACUUCAAGGUGCGUCUGCGCUCAGCCUCUGCCUCAAUCCGUUCCAGCUGGUGGGAGGUGAGGAAGAUGGAGAAUCAGACCUUGGUGACCUCGCCGCGGCCCUGGCACAGUCCACGGCCCUUCAACAGCUCUGCUUCUUGCAGCAGCCGGACCGGAACAGCGACGAUGGCUCCGCUCAUCCCUUUUCGGUGCUGUCUUGGCUGUGGUCGAGGGCAUCAAGUGAAGACUCGGAGUCGCUCCGGCUGAGAACCAUCCAUUCGACCUCCGCUUUGUUAAACGGUUUACGCGGCCGCGAAGUUCGAGCAAUAUCCUCGCCGAGGAAUUUGGGUUCUAGCUUCACCUCGGGCGCUCAAGUCGUUCCCAUGAUCCAUCUGUUCACAUUUGUCAGCCCCCAGCGCGAAGAUGUCCGGGACGCAGCUGCAGACCACCACGUCGUCCACCCUGCUCGUCCCGGGUACAGUGGCCACUACUCCAUGGAUAAUACUGGGUUAAACGCCGAGAGCUUCGCUGUCCGAUUCUUGGUAUACCUCCGAUCCUUAGGUCCGGAUUCGGAUCCCGACCAGGCCAUCUUGCGAUUUGCAUAUCAUGGGGCGUUCUCGUCACUCGCUUCCAUCGACGAGGACAACAAGAACAACGACGACGACGAGCCCGCGUCGCCGCCCCGGGGGCCACCGCCGCGCCCACCGCCGCUCCAGUCAUGGCCAGAUCAAUUGGGUGUCAGGCCAAUCCCCGCUGGAUUUUUCGAUGAGCUAGCCCCCGACCACCCGUCCCGAGACCGACUCAGGGAUAUCUCCCCUGGGAGCUGGGUGGUUCUUAUAGAUAGACAAGACCGACGUGAUCGAUUCAGCGACGACCGCGCCUUCUUACAAUACUCUUUUAUCAGAAUCCGUCGCUCUCCAGCCCCGAAGCAACAACAACAACAACAAAGAUCGGCCCCCGUCUCUAGUUCAGUUGAGGUAGUCGGCGGGCUGACCGACUUCCUGCGCGAAACCGUACCAGAAACUGAUAUUACCACGUGGGAGAAACGGCUCGAGGAGGUAGAGAUGGACUUGGUUUCAGCGUUGACUAGACCGAGCCCACCCAGUACCCCGUCAUCGAUGGAAUGGUCACCGGGGGUGAACCCGAUUGACGAUGUGCUGAGGCGCUUGACUUCACCUACAACUGAGAGCGCAGACAACGCCCCGCCAGAGACUGAUCUUCCCACUGAGGAGGGACUGGUCGUGGAGGGAGAGAGGGAACGCUGCAUCGGCGUUCGCGUCAUGGCUGAGAGCCGGGUCCACACUUUACUGGACCAGUUACUAUGA